AGCAUUAAAAACAGUCGUUAUCAAACCAUUCGUCAACGCGGUUCACUUAUAGUCUGUUCUGUAUACAAAGUGUGUGGGAUAUUUGAGAAUUUUAAGAAAUUAAAAAAAAAACAACACUUUGUUCUAUAGAUUACAAUAACACUACAGUUGAAGCGUUCAAAAUUAAUUUUUAAUCAGCUGUCUGUUAAAAAAAGAGGAUAAGAAAUAUUUAAAAGAAAUAAUAACAACGAAAAUCAAGGAAUACAAAUAAAUAUAUCAUUACAAUUAUAAAAUUACGAGGGUUAAAAAAAGAAUAAGGAAAAGAAAUGCGUAAUUUCUAGUAUUACAAAUAGAGUUUACAAUAGUGUAUAUAGAAAAAAGCAAAGGAUUGUACUCAAGAAAGAAACUUAAUAAUAAAAUAAAUAAUAAUAAAACAUAUGUGAUUAUAUCUGCUGAUUUUAUAAAUCGAAUUUACAAUUAAACAAAUACACAAGCUGUUUUUCUUUCAUGUAAUACACUUUUGUAUCAGCAGUUUUGAAAUUAACAUUAUUUAACAAUGCCACAGAAAUCAAAAAGUAUAAAACUCUGGACUCCCAACAGUCGUAGAAUUUCAAUAAGUAUUUUAGGUUUUAUAUUGGGCAUUGGCGGCAUAUUAUGUGGCAUGUUUUGGGAGGAAAUAUUCAAUAGUAUUUUAGCUAAGCAAAUGGUUUUAAGACCCGAUUCUGAAGUAUAUGACAAAUGGAAGACACCACCAAUACCUUUAAGUUUGGAUAUUUAUCUUUAUAAUUGGACAAAUCCAGAGGAUUUUAAAAAUUUCUCCACAAAACCCAUAUUGGAGCAAUGUGGACCUUAUCGUUUUACAGAGAAACCUGACAAAGUUGACAUCAACUGGCAUCCAGAAAAUGCCUCUGUAACAUAUCGUAAAAAAAGUUUAUUUUAUUUUGAUGCUGCUGGCAGCAAAGGAAGUUUAGAUGAUGAAAUUACUACUUUAAAUGCAGUGGCUUUGUCUGCUGCUAGUAAAGCAAAACAAUGGAAUUCUGUACGCCGGAGUAUGGUGGAUAUGGGUUUAAAAUUGUAUGGCCAAGAAAUGUCAGUGACGAAGACAGUUGAUGAAUUGCUAUUUACCGGAUACAGUGAUGAUAUGAUUGAUAUAGCCCGUUCCGUUCCCAUAUUUGGUAAUGAUGUUGAGGUGCCGUUUGAUAAAUUUGGCUGGUUUUAUACGCGCAAUGGUAGUGCUGAUUUAACAGGAGUUUUUAAUGUUUUUACGGGUGCCAAUGAUUGGUCUCAACUAGGACAACUGCAUAAUUGGAAUUAUCAAAAGCACACCGGUUUCUUUGAUUCAUAUUGUGGUCUAGUGAAUGGUUCUGCAGGAGAAUUUCAACCACCUAAUUUAACGCCUCACAAUAUAGUACAAUUAUUUACGCCCGAUAUGUGUCGUACAAUUCCCUUGGAUUACACAGAUACCCAAGAAAUUGAGGGUAUAAAAGGUUAUAAAUACUCGGGUGGCCUAAGAUCUUUAGAUAAUGGCACCUUAUAUCCUGAAAAUUCGUGCUUUUGUGGCGGUCAAUGUGUGCCUUCGGGUGUUAUGAAUGUUUCAUCCUGCCGUUUUGGUUCACCAGUUUUUAUGUCUUAUCCACACUUUUAUAAAGCUGAUCCAUUUUAUUUAGAUCAAGUUGAGGGUUUAAAUCCUAAACAUAAAGAUCAUGAAUUUUACAUGAUUUUAGAGCCAAAAACUGGCAUUGCUUUAGAAGUAGCAGCUCGUUUCCAAGUUAAUAUGCUGGUGGAGCCAAUACCUUCAUUAAGUUUGUACGAAAAUAUACCCCGCAUAUUCUUCCCAUUAAUAUGGUUCGAGCAGAAAGUACGCAUUACUCCAGAACUAGCUAAAGACUUGAAAAUGAUACCGUGUGCCUUGUUGGGAGGUCAAAUCUUUGCUGGCAUUUUAUUUGCCAUUGGACUUAUACUAUUAAGCUGGUAUCCUCUCAAACAUCUUUGUUGUCUGGGCAAGAGUAAGAAAAUUAAAAUAAAUCACCUUGAAAAUGGUAGUUGUAAAUCGAACGAAUUGAGACCACUACAGACAAAAAAGUUUCCGGCCAAACAGCAUACACCAACACUCGAUGGAUCUCCAUUAUUAGAAAAACCUGCCAAAAUACCCACCAUUGUAUCUAAUUCAAAUACUGAUGAUAGCUUAAAUACGACUUUAACAGCGUUAAGUGAUAAAACCAAUUAAUAUUAAGAUUUUAGGUUAAAAAACGAACAGAGCAGAAGAGAAAUUGAAGUUAUUAUGUAUUUGACAUAAGGACAAUAAGCAAACAUUCUAAAAAAAAGAAUUAAUUUUAUUUGUUUUUUUUU